AUGGCUAGAUACGGUGCUACUUCUACUAACCCAGCUAAGUCUGCUUCUGCUCGUGGUUCCUACCUACGUGUUUCUUUCAAGAACACCAGAGAAACUGCUCAAGCUAUUUCUGGUUGGGAACUAACCAAGGCUCAAAAGUACCUAGAUCAAGUUCUAGACCACCAAAGAGCUAUCCCAUUCAGAAGAUUCAACUCUUCCAUUGGUAGAACUGCUCAAGGUAAGGAAUUUGGUGUUGUUAAGGCUAGAUGGCCAGCUAAGUCUGUUAAGUUCAUCCAAGGUCUACUACAAAACGCUGCCGCUAACGCUGAAGCUAAGGGUCUAGAUGCUACUAAGCUAUAUGUCUCUCACAUCCAAGUCAACCAAGCUCCAAAGCAAAGAAGAAGAACUUUCAGAGCCCACGGUAGAAUCAACAAGUACGAAUCCUCUCCAUCUCACAUUGAAUUAGUUGUCACUGAAAAGGAACAAACUGUUGCCAAGGCUGCUGAAAAGAAGGUUGUCAGAUACACUUCCAGACAAAGAGGUAGAAUUGCUUCUCAAAAGCGUAUCGCCGCUUAA